AUGUGGAGGUCUAUACGACAAGCGAGUACUCUGAGACUCAAGCCCAAGAAGUCAUUGAACCUGUCGAAAAAGGUAGAUGUCAAUCCAACAACCCCUGCUAGAACUAGAUUCGCACCAUCUCCAACUGGAUUCCUACAUAUGGGAUCUUUGAGAACAGCUCUAUACAACUAUUUACUAGCUAAACACACUGGUGGGCAAUUCUUGGUGAGGCUAGAAGAUACUGAUCAAAAGAGAUUGGUGGAAGGUGCUGAACAAAACAUCUAUGAUUCAUUAAAGUGGUGUGGAUUACAAUGGGAUGAAGGACCAUUAGUUGGCGGUGAUUAUGGGCCAUAUAGACAAAGCGAAAGAUCAGAGAUAUAUAAACAGUACUCAGACAAACUGCUGGAAUCUGGAGGUGCUUACCGCUGCUUCUGUCCCAAAGAGAGAUUGGAUUCAUUGAGAGAAUCUGCAAUGAAGUUACAACCACCAACUACAGUUACAUAUGAUCGAGCAUGUUCUCAUAUCCCAUUAGAACAAUCAAAAGAAAGAGCUGCAAAAGGUGAAACUUUUACAAUCAGAUUCAAAUCUCCUACAAAAUACCCUAAAUUUGAUGAUCUACUUCAUGGUACUCUAGACCUUCAACCUCAAGUUAAUGCAGAUGAUGUUAGAUAUGAUGAUAUCGUCUUGGUGAAAUCUGAUGGAUUACCAACUUAUCAUUUUGCCAAUGUUAUUGAUGAUCACUUGAUGAAAAUAACACACGUAAUCAGAGGUGAAGAAUGGCUAGCAUCAACUCCAAAACAUGUUGCCCUGUAUGAUGCUUUUGGUUGGGAAGCUCCUAAAUUUGUACACAUUCCAUUAUUAACAAGUACAAAAGAUAAGAAACUUAGUAAAAGAUCUGGUGAUAUUGAUGUUAUGAAUUUUAAAAAGAGAGGGUUUCUACCUGAGGCUUUAGUGAACUUUGUUGCACUCUUUGGUUGGUCACCUCCUAGACACGCUGGUGUGAGUAUUGCUGAGACUUUUGAGUUGAAAGAAUUAGAAAAGUUAUUCACUUUAAGUGAUUUGACUAAGGGUAAUGCUAAAGUUGAUGACAAAAAAUUGUUAUUUUUCAAUAAACAUCAUUUGCUAAAGAGAAUAGAUGAGCAUUUGGACCAUGUUGUCAAUGAAGGAUACGAUUUGUUAUCUCCAGCUUACCCAGAUAUAACUAAGGAUACUGUUAAAAAACUGAUUAAUGAAGUUAAACAUAACUUUACUACAUUGAAUGAUAUACAAAAUUAUGAUUAUUUACUAGCUGGUGUUGAUUUUGAGAAUGAAAAUGCUAAAAGAUUUUUGGAAAAUACCAACAGAGAAGAAUCAAUCAACAUUUUGAAAACAGUGGAGGAUGUCACAUCAGUCCAAGAUCUGGAUGCAAAAGUUGAUCAAUUAACAUCUGAAGGCCUCAAAAAGAGACAAGUAUUUGAAACAAUAAGAUUCGCAUUAAGUGGAAGUAUUUCAGGUUUAAAAAUCCCACUUUUGAUUAACUUCAUUGGACUAGAAAAUGCCAAACAAAGAAUUAGAGAUGCUAUAGAGAAACUUUCAAAUUGA